UGCGGCGGGCGUGGCUGCCUCCAGGCGGGCGCACCUGAGGACGUGUCUGGAGAAACUGAAGGAGAUGGUGCCGCUGGGGCCUGAUGGCUCCCGACACACGACGCUCGGCCUGCUGACACGGGCCAAACACUUCAUCAAGAAUCUGGAGGACAAGGAGAGGAAGCAGACGGCUCACAAGGACCACCUGGCGAGGGAGCAGAGGUUCCUGAGGCGAAGGCUGGAGUCCCUGAGCCCUGAGCUGGUGCCGCGCCUCAACCUGGACCUGAUCGGCAAGCGGCGUUCCGUCUCCGAGAGCUCCUCUUUCUCCACCUCGUCGUCGUCGUCCUCUUCUUCCUCAUCGUCAUCAUCUGCUUCCUCCACUUCAGAAUCAGACGAAGUGGACAUCCUGGGCUAUGCCAGCAACCAGAGUGACACAGACGAUCACUCUUCCAUCCAGUCAUCCGCCAGCGAUGGGGGUGUGACGCUUUCCACCAGGCGCCUCACCCUCACCGAGCCCACCUCCCUCCCCCUCUAGGUGGCAGUAAGUGUGUAGCAGCAGAGGUGUGGUGGUGGCAGCGAGCCGGCUAGCCAGGUGUGGUCUCCAGGCUGGAGUCAGCAAGCAGCUCAGCCUCACAGUCAUGUCUACACCAGCAAGAAAAAUGUGUUUACUCGGUCCAUCAUGCCAUGUCACUAGUGAUCAGGACAAAGAGUUGAUGGCCUUGUCCCCGUGUUCUAUGAAUGCCUUGUUUUUUAUGAUGAGUGAGACUGUUGGGUGAGCGGCCUCUCCUCCACAGUCCUGCCCCACCCAGCUGGCUGACCGCAGCAAUGUGACAGAGGGAGACACCAAUCUCCACCACCCAUGUUUUAAAAGAUAUUUUAUUUUUUUGUCAUGAAAGCCAAAAAAUACAGAGGAUGAUAUAAAAAUUGCACAUUGUUAUCUUUGAUGUGAACUUACGGAGGUUUUUAAAUUAUAUAUGGAUGCCAGGAGAGGUGAUGCCCAAGAAAUGAUGUGUGAUUCAUGUGCAGAUAUUCAAUCUACAUAUAUAAAUAUAUACAUAUAUAUUUUUCCUUCCUUUCAUGUGACAUGUCAUCAUUACUCGCCAUGUUUAAGAUCAUUUCUCAUUCUUCAAAAAAAAGCAAAAUAUAAGCCCAGCCCCUGCUUCCAUCCAGCCUGACACACGAAUGGUAUACUUGAAGUGUUUUGUGUUGGAGGAACAUAAUGGAAACAACCUGUUCUAGUCACACAAAAAGAUUCCCUGAGAUGGAUAUUUGCUUAAACACUGAAGGAAAUUGUAAUGCUUCAAUAGUUUUUUGCUUUUUAGUUGCUUUUCAUUCAAAUCACAGAACAAACAGCAAGAUUUAAAUAGUUUAUAUUUUUUGAUAAGGCAAAUUAUAUACGAGAUAUCAAAGGUUGGUAGUUAAGAAGCGAGGCCACUGACUUGUUAUUGACACGUACCACUGUAGCACCUGAUCCCCAGGGAAGCAGGUGUACCACUGGCAACAUUAAUGCUCCUCUCAGUAACUCAGCUUGGCAAUGCUGAGACUCAAAGCUGAUAUUUAUGUGCAUGUCAGACAAUGUUUUUUUUUUUAUCCACAAUGCCCAGUUGGUGACCAAGAGAGCAGCACAACAGCCGAGGGAGAGUUGCAUCCCCCAAUAAAGUGGCCCAGAAGGUGUAGUCAGCCACUGGACCCUCCACCUCACCCUAGACCACCGAGGAACAUGUCAAUGGAUCUCCACUCAAUGGACUGUGCCCAGGAGUCCCUUCCCUCCCACCUCAGUCUCCCUCACCAUCACUGCGGCUUCCCUUGGCUCGACCUCAGUGCUAAAUAUCAAUGUUUUAUUUUUCUUAAGAACAAAUUCUUCCAAGAGUGAAUUUUGAUUUGUGUGUGUUUGACUUAGUUGUGCUUCAUGUUGGUCCAAGGCCAGGGAUAGCCUUUGUUUGUGCUGUGUUGAGCCAUUCUAGCAUUCCAACCCCAGGACAUGGAAACUUUCAGCACAGAAGUUUGGAGAAGAGUUGGAGUUGUACAAAAAGAUAUUAUUUUAUUAUAAGAAAGUGGAUGUGUUCUACUGCCACCAUAAACUUUUAACGAGUGUGAAAACUGAUUGAAGAAGACACAAGCAUACCAUACUCUGCUUGAGAUAAGUAAUCUGUGAUAAACCUUUGAGAAAAAAAGAAAGUGAGAUAGUUAUGUAACUUUUUUAUACACAAGAAUAUUAAAUGCAAUAACUACUGCCAGCUGUGACUGCCAGCCCCCAUGGAAUGCAAAGAAAAGCUAUUCCACCCUUCACAAUAUGCGAGAAUAACUAAUUUUUUCACUGUCACUAAUCCUAGCCUGGCUACUGUUUUUUACCUAGCUGUUUGGUAUUCCAUAAACUGAGUUGGCACUGUAAACAUUUCUUCAGAAGGCUCCACCAGCGAUGGGACGCCUGGGCGGUCUCCCUUGUACAGUGUAAAUACUGACUAGUACAACAAGUAGUCUGGACACAGGGUACCAGCCUUUUCCACUGGACUCCUGCUAGCUUUAAUUUCUGCUGAUUCCAUGGGAGGUUUAUCUUAUGAUCAUUUUAUUUUGUCAAUUCUUCAUUUUAUUAUAUGAUAUUGGCCCUCCUUAAAAGUUAUAGUAUUCCAUUGAGAAUGGAAGAAUUACACCGUACUUUGUAUAUAAAAUUAAUUAAAAGGAUUAUUUAUAGAAAUUUUUCACAUAUUUCAGAUAAUUUUCGUAACCUUAGUUGAGAACUUUAAAUGUGGAAACAGAGACCUCGUUCUUACUGACUUGUAUCCUAUUGGCAGACAUGCACACUCUCACUACACUUGUCCAGUCACAUGGGCCACUGUGUGCAUACCUGGCAGCCACCUUUGUCACAUGUACAUGUGUCAUGAGGUGCUGACAGUGAGUGUGGUGGCCACGAGCCGUCCCUGAGGUCUUGGGUGGUGCUGGGCAGUUGUCUUUCUGCUGUGAAACAGUUAUAUACAUUUUCUCAGGAGCAGCACCAAUUUUGUCAUCCUGAAGCAGGAAUUGCACUUGUUUUAUACACUAGUUGGAACUUUUGAACAUUUCCUUUGAGUUUUACUGUGAGUGUGUCAUAUUUGGCCAUUGCUAUUUAUUACUUGAUUAAGCAUAUAGCAAAAAAAGUUUUCUUUAUCAUAUUUAAUUAUUGGAAAUCAUGUUUUUUAAGACAACAGCAUUUUGGUACCUAUCCUACAAACCUUGCACCACCCAAAAUCUCCAGCCAUGAAGAGCUCGGGCUUGUCUCUCCACAUACCAUCCCUUUAUAAGCAUAAAUGUGCAAUAACCAUUAUUGAUAAGCUAAAGAUUUUAGACAAGCCCCCAAUGGAGUACCACUGGCAAAGCAACAGUAUCCUGUGCACCCUCAGGAAUUUUCUUGGAUGGAUUGCAAUCUGCGCCACAUUUCUAGAGACUUUAUCUGUGAACUAUAGCUUGGGUAUCACUUAAGCUGUGAGAAUAAUGUACUGUACCUCUUUACAUUAUCAUUGUUGUUGUCAUUUUUACCAAGUGAGGCUUCUAUAACUUGAAUAUACUAAUGACAAAACGUCUUCUCAUGCAUUUUGCCAAGAUUUGGUUAUAAAUCAAGAAGAGAUAUUUCCAUAGAGAUGAAUUUGUUGUAAGUUUUGUGUGUGGGUCAACUGUUAGUAGUUAAGUCAUCACCAUGACCCAGUACCCACACAGCCUUGAAUGUUACUGUAGUCAGUCAGUCAGUCAGUCGCUACCAACCAGCCCAGCUGUAAUGCGGUGGUGCCAGUGUCUAGGCCUUUGCAGUAAUUGGCAACUUAUCCUGCAUCCCUUUCUGAGAUCAGGGUGAACAAAAAAAAUUCACUAUUUUCUUUAUGGAGUUCUGCUGUAGGUGAGCCCUGGUUAAGCUGGCAUCACCUGUACCUGGGACUCUGCUCUCUUACCCUCUCUCACUACACAUUUACCUCAUCCUCAAGGUAUACACUACUCUUCUCUCAUUUUAUUGUGUCUACAGAGUUAAUCAAGAUACAAUGAACAAUUGGAUGUGUCUAAAUCUUAGAAAAAUCUUACCAUCCAUCCAUUUAUUUGACAAUUCUAGUACUAUUUUUAAAUUCUCAUUUUAGACUUUAACUAGUAUUAAGAAGACCACAGUGUAGCCUGAGGGGAAGCAGGUGCCAUGUGAAGUGUCUGGAAGGGAAGCAGAGUCCCUGCCACACCUGAGGUUCUUCCCUCUCAUUACGUACUUUAGUUUGAUCUCGUGAGAUGCCAAGGCAGAACACCCAACAAUACAGCCAGCACUGUCUGUGAGGGCUACCCUAUAGUGGUGAUGCAAGAUGCCCUCAGAGCAGUGCCCAUACCCCAGUCCCUCAGUUGACACAGGUAUACAUGACUGAGGUGAGUGGUGGCUGUGGUGUGUGUUGUGCCUGCGGUGCCCACCCGAGCACGCUGACGAGUGCAGGCCCCAUGCUGCCUCACCACUGCCCCUCCCACUCCAACACCAAGCAAGCACAACAUCAUUCUCUUUUAGGAAGCAUAAUCAUCCUUGGCCAAUAUCAUGGGAGUAAAGUGUAAAUCAACCAGGUGGCCUGAAUGGAACUGUUUCUCACUUGUGUUGGUGGUGGUGGUGGUGGUGGCGGUGGUGUUGGUGGUUGUUUGUGGGCAGUGAUGUGUGUACACCUUAAUCCUCAAAGGAAUACUGGGGUGGGUGCUCACAAAAAAAUGUACAAAAAGAAAAAAAUCUGUUCAUAUUGUGUCAAUGUGUCUUGCCCCUUUCCAUAAUUCUUCUUCACUAGCCUGACAGUGGACGGGGGAUGGGAUGAGUAUGCCUGCUGGGUGGUGGCUGCUUGAACCUCCUGCCCUAUCCACUGUCACAGCUGUAGGUAGAAGUGCCCAAUCCUCUCUUUCUUUAAUCUGUUACUUGAUUUCUUCUUAUGUGUUGGAUUGUCUGAUGUGCUUCAGUCAUCCAUAGAAACACUGAAUGCGAAAAAAAAAAUCAUCCGUGUCUUAAACAUUUUGCAGACUUUUCUCUGACUUUUGCACCAAUGUUUUAAACCCUGAAAAGAAAAAAAGUCCAUUAACAACUAAUCCCUUCAUGUGCUUGUGACAUACACUACUUAACUACAAAUUGGAGGCUGGUGUAGGUUGUUGAGUAAGUGGUGUGUUUAAGCUGGGCAAGCCAGACCCCAGCACUUAAAGCAUGCUGUCAUCUUGUGAAAAUAUGUCCAACACCACAAGAGGAAUUAAAAAUGUUGCUGACACAACAAGGAAAGUGCAUACUAUUGACAAGGAAUUUGAUAUUUUCUUCAUGAUACACAAACAGUUUACUGACAGAAAUACCUCUGUGUAAAUACAGGGAACAUAACAUUUGUAAUUGCAUUUAGAUUAUGUGAUGUCAUUUCUCAACAAGCCCAUUGUUAAUUCCUUGCCAUCUACCUAUUUAAUCUGUGUCAGCGAGUCCCACUGAAUCAGUGCAUGCCUUUUUGUACAAUCUGAGGAGAGCUACCAUCAUGGCAAACUGUUUAUUACAGACUUGCUCCUAACAUGAAGGAAUGAUUCAAAGUGGAAGCAUAAACUGCAUCACAUACUGCCAUCAAUGGUGACAAAAUUCAAGCUCAACAAUAUAAAAGACUGCCACAACUUGCAGACCCUCUUUGUUAUCUUAGUAGCAAGAACAGGAUGAGUGCUUCACAGGGCCAAGUGCAACACUCCUUGUGAUGUCAUCUGUAAGUAAAUAUAUUAGACAUUUGUCAGGGUGGGGCUGCAAACUGGUUGUGGCUCAGGCUGCCAUGUAGUCUGUCCACAUUACUCACCCUAAAAAGCCGUCCUUGGAACCUUCCUUGAACCACCAGUGCGCCCUUUGUGACGCAGGAUGGUGUUGGCUCCUCAAUUGGCCCUCAAGUCCCUGUAGUGUGGAGAAUCCUGAAGCAGCAGGACACCACAACCUACACAGCAUCCUGUUCUUUCUCUGCAUGAUUUAGUUGCCAUCCAGUCUGUGUCAGUGAUAGAUCCCUCCACACAGUUAAUGAAUGUUGGUGACUCACAAUGUUCUUGCUCUCUCCACUUCCACUAAUGAAUCAAAACUGUAGAGUCCUGGGUUUGCAGACACAAGAAAUUUGUAGGUUAUGUUGCUGGCCCCCCUCCCUCCCUUCCCCCCUUUCUCUCUCUCCCUCCCCUAUCUCUCUCUCUCUCUCUCUCUCUCUCUCUCUCUCUCUCUCUCUCUCUCUCUCUCUCUCUCUCUCUCUCUCUCUCUCUCUCUCUCUCUCUCUCUCUCUCUCUCUCUCUCUCUCUCUCUCUUUUUUCCCACCAACAAUAGAUCAGUCCCACCUCAAGACAAACCCACUACGUGUCGCAAAAUACCAUCAAUGUACAUAUUUCCAGUGACUGUUGUUUCUGUUCUACAUGAUUUUCUUGAAUCUAAAUAAAAAUAAUUUGUGUA